AUGUCUUACCAUCGCGGUACUGCUAGCCCGGCGAGCAAGGAUGUGUCGCGCGAUUCAAACAACAACGCCCUCCUGAGUGGAGACAAUUUGCUACGGCUCGCGCUGAAGAAGCCAGAUAGCUGGAAGUGGGAGCUCACGACGUCCAGCUCGUCGCCGAACAUCAGCUUUCCAAAGAUACAGCUGUUCGACAGCGUGAGCGGCGAGCUGAUGGUGGAGGUGGAUCAACCGGACUGCGUUAUCCGGUCGGAUUGUGCUCCGCAGGGGCGAAGCCAGGGCAUCAGCACCUUGGAGCAGUCGAAGGCUGGGCGGCCGCAGCGAUACAGCCGCUCGCGUACGUCGCUAGUUAAGGAGAAACUGCCAACGUCCGGGGACUCCCUGUCCGAUAUCUUCAAUCAACUGAGCAGCAAAGGAUUAGGGCACAAGCUGGCGACGAGCGGCUCCCAGUAUCGGUUGACAAACGAUGAUGCUGACUCCGGCCGGCAUGUGCUGCAGAAAAGCAAGUCUGCUAGCGCCAUAGCGAUGCAAGAGCCUCCGAUCGUGCGCAGGAGAUCGCGCAAAUCAGUGUCCAGUCGUUCUAGCUCUAUCCUGGAACGUAUUAGCGAGUUCUACGGGCGUAACUCCACCGAUGACGAGGAUUUAGGCGAUCGGAGGUUAGUGCCGCAUGCUCCAUCGACGCCUACACAAAGCAACGAGCAAGUACCGGACGAAGAGAAUGGCGUCACCAUCCAGGAGAUGCCAGCAGAUCCACCGAUAACCACACCGAUCAAGGCUCGACCUAAGAUAUACAAACUGGUACGCAGUAACGCCGGGACGCUGAUGGUGCGCGAAGAAAGCUUCCAUACCCAACGCAGUUUGCGGCGACGGCAGCGUGACAGUUUGGACUGCGAGCCCUCGGAGCAGCCGCCCCAGCUCGAGCGCUUUGUGGAGAUGGACGACCAAACCGAACCGGUAGUCCACGCUCCUUCUCGCUACGAGCAGGAAAUCAACCACAUCGACCACCUGCUGUCGCGGGUGAUGCUCUCGCACGAUUUGCAAACAGAGGAGCUACCGCGCCACGAUGUGCCAAACAUUCGAAUUUCGUCGAUAGAGGACGAAGUAGCCGGCACCGGCUCCAACCAUGGCCCUAUCAACCAUCUUCAGAACGGCCGGGUACGACGAACCCGUCGCCAUCGGCGCAGUAUGAGCGUUGGCAGUGGCGUUACGUCAUCGCGCCAUCGAUCGAUCUCUUCCGGACGUUCCAACUCGCCGGCCGAUCGGACCGGUAGGCGACGGCGCUCUUCCUCCAGCUCGUCGGAGGCAGAGGGUGCCUCGCGGCUGAACGACCCAUCAGCUGGAUAUUCCUCGCGUUCCAACUCGCUGAAACGCCGGGGUCGCACGCGACGCCGUGGUGACACGCGUGAUUCGUCAACGGCGAAGAGCAAUGCCAAGCCCGAUCUGCUCUGUACAUUGCAAUGA